CAGGUCAGACGCGUCAUGCCGUGCUGGGGUGACGUAGUUCCAUGAUGGCCGAAGAACCCGGCAUAAUUUUGCUACCUUCUCCUCCUUUCCCUUGCCCGUUCCAUGGUCUGUAGUCAUGGCCCGGACCGACACCCCCUCACCCACAGCUCGCGUGACCUCUUCACUUGUUAAGCUGCAGCCAUGCCUAGGAAAGGGAUGCCCAGGAAAGGGAACAGAAAACGGCUGAAGUAUCGAGCCGAUGAUGUGAGCGCCCACAGAGUUACUGUGGCAGAUUAUGCAAAUUCAGAUCCAGCAGUUGUGAAGUCUGGAAGAAUAAAAAAGGGGGUGGCCAAUGCUGUUCAGAAAGAAGUGAAAGCACUUUGUGGUCUUGAAGCUUCUCAAGUGCCUACUGAAGAUGGGUUAUCCAUAUUAUCAGAGAAUGGACAAUCCUACGAGAGCAGCGAUGAACUGGAGGAUAGUGAAAAUCUAAAUGAUACUUGUAGCAAAAAGAAAAGUAAAAAACAUAAAGAAACAUUUUUAGAAGACACAGCUGGAGGCGACUAUACUAUUGACAUUUGGCAUGUCCUUUCCAACUACAUAAGACCUGAAGAUGUUUUGACAUUUGCUCUUAUUUGCAAGAAAGCUUGGACUGUUACUUGCACUGCUGUCUUUUGGAUGAGAUUAUACAAAAGACAUUACAGAGCGAGCACCUACCUUCCCAUUCGUCUUCUUCCAGAGUGUAUGUACAGGCUGAGAUCUUUACGUGCAUGUGUUAUCCGUUCCUUUUACCACAUGUACGAACCGUUUAGUUCAAGAGUUGCUAAAAAUCCAUCAUUACCUGAAUCCACCCCCGGCACUUUACUGAAUUCAAAAUGUUUACUCUUCUGGUGCAGAAAAGCAACUGGAAACAAGCCUGAGUCAUUGUGGGAGUUUUACUUCAAGUUUAAGAAGCCGCCUCUAAAACAGAAGAAUCAUUGUGUUAAUUAUCUGCAGCCUCCCACCGAGUACAAAGAAGUCCAUUAUAACCCUGACCAAGACUGUUUACUACUUCAGAUUACUACUCUAAACUUUAUCUUCAUCCCUGUGGUCAUGGGCAUGACACUAGCUUAUCUCACAAUAAACGUCAGUACUGACAUGAGGCAUCAUCGUGUGCGACUGAUCUUCCAAGACUGUCCAUUGUUGAAUGGCAAGAAACUUCGUGGAGAACAAGGAGUACAAAUUGUUCUGGAUCCUGUCCAUAGCGUCCAUCUUCUCAACUGGUGGCAUCCUAAAUAUCCUUUCUCAACCAAGGCUUAGUAUCUCAACUGAGACCUCCUUUCUGGUAGCAGCCACUCUAAGAACCAAAGAAAAUAACUAACACUAAAAUGUUGUGAAUUACAGGGUUGUUAAAAAAAAUCUGUACUAAAAAAAUAUAUACAAGCUGCCAUUGCUAAACUCUCCUUUUGAAAAUGCUUGACUGGUAUGCUGAUUUCUGGUCAAUGACCCAGGAAGUGUCAAGGCCAGUAGAGAAGACAAGCGGCUCAUCUUCUUAGUUGGUGUCGGCAAUCAAAGCCCCGUAUUACUUAAAGCCUAACUGAAGCGAUUUUAUUUUUCUUCUGUUGGGAAUAUUUAACCCCGUUUCCUGUCCAUAUCUUGAUGUCCGUGCAAGAAAAGGGGGGAGCGGUCGUCAUUGGAACAAGAAGACACUGACAGCAAUAAACACAGAAGUUGUAAACUUUGACCUCUGUGUUCUUUGUACCUAUUGGAGAGAUUUCCCAUAAUUUCCUGGCCUAGCAGAAACACGAGGGUCAAUAAUCGGAGGUUCUAAUUCUUCACUGUUCUAUCCAAAAUGAAAGAAAAAAAGUUUUUGGUUGCUUUUGGGUUUUGAUGUAACAGGGAUUUUUACAGUUCAGUGCCAAAGCACGACAAACGUUAUGUUUCAGUGUAAACUUUGAAAGUUUUUGAAGGCCAAAAUCGAAUUUUGUUUGCAAAAAAUAUCGGCUUAUUACUGAUAUAGCAUUGUUCGUGAAAUGUAAUUGUGUUCAGCCUCUGAGCCCGGUCAUUUCUAAAGCAAAUGUAUUUUCAUAAUGCCUACUAUAAAUAUUAGGCUCAUUAAUUUAAGUAUAUGUUAGAGCUGCACGAUUCUGAUUUAAAAUGAGAAUCAAAUUUUUUUUUGCUUAGAGUAAAGAUCACCAUUCUCGCAGUGUAAUAUCUUCCUUCACAUUAUACAAAAAAAUUGGGCUAACUUUGCUGUUUUAU